AUGACUUGCGAACAUAGGGCUGCCUGGAGGUGUCCCUUGUGUGUUAGCAAACUGCCUAAGUCAGAUAAUGCUGAUACCCCUGUGCAUUCAGUUGGUGGGGUUACGGUUCGACGCGGCGGAAACCCGACUCAGGGUGCUCCAGACUGUUUGGACGAUUCGCUGGCUCAUUUGCCCAAUCCACCCGAUAACGAUGGUCUCCUCAAUGACACAGAGCAUAAUGUGACCUUGGAGGGGUCACCGACACAGAAUUUGGUCAUGGAAAUGCGUCUGCUUCGGGAGGAGAUGGUGGCUUCGCGUACGCAGAUGAGGUCACUUGGUACAGUCUUGUCAAAGCUCUCUGACAGGAUGGCCACUGUUGAGCAGAGAGUGAAUAGGAUUGAAGAAAGGGUGGACUCGCUGUUGCAUCGCUUUGAUGGUGGAGCCGAGAUUGGUGGAAGUGUUGUUGACAACAGCUCGUUAUUAGUAGCAGUUGAACAAUUAAAGACUCAACUAAAUGACCGAGAUCAAGAAUUGCUGCUCAAUGACAUCGAGCUCUCGGGUGUUCCAGAGCAAAAAGGAGAAGGCCUGCCACACGUCGUCAUGACAUUGGCCAGUAAGCUUGGUGUCAAUCUGUCGGAGCAGGAUAUUGUUAGUACGAUGCGCGUUGGACGAGCGCCGGAUUUAGGGGGCGGAGACGCGAGGCCGCGGCUUCUUGUCGUGCGCUUGGCACGCCGCGGUGUGCGUGACGAACUUCUGCGAGCGGCGCGCGUUCGUCGCGGCGCAACCACCGAGGGCACGGGCCUGCCUGGCCCUUCGCGCAGAUUUUACGUGAAUGAGCGGCUAACCAGGGCAAAUAGGCUUAUAUUCCGACGUGCCAGGGAGGCUGCAGCGCAACUAAAUUGGCGUUUUGUGUGGACACGAGACGGAAAUGUUUUCGCUCGCCAACAGCACGGAGUGGGUGUACCUCGCCACCGUCUUCGCACGGAGUCUGAUCUGGUCCGUGUUUUUGGCAAUGACGCUAUUGGUAUUUCUAAUGACAAAUGA